CGGGCCGCGCGCUCGGCGCUUAGCUCGCGCGGACGCUCGUGGAUGCGAUGGGAUAAAGCGGAGGAGGCGGGUGGCGGCGCUCAGUACGUCCUCAGCUGCAGUCGCGAGCACUCCAGCAAGCAGCAGCAGCAUCACGAUGGUUUACAGCGGAGGGGUGUUUCUGGCCGCCCUGGCGGCGGCGUGCCUCGCGGGAAGCGUCUCAGGUUCGAUCUACUACUACCCGUCCUCCUCGCCCGCGCCCUAUACCCCGUACCGGUACUCGUACUACAGAGCCUUAGGCAUGGCCUCCAACUCCGACCCCUGCUACCCGAACCCCUGCGGCCGCAACGCCCAGUGCCGUGAGGUGAACGCCCGGCCCGUGUGCUCGUGCCUGCCCGGCCACCAGGGCAACCCGCUCACCUACUGCCAGCGCGGCGAGUGCCAGGACAGCAGCGACUGCCCGCACAACCGCAAGUGCCAGAACUACGAGUGCGUGGACGCGUGCGCCGGCACCUGCGGCAUCAACGCGCACUGCGAGGUGCGCAACCACAUCCCCGUGUGCUCGUGCCCGCCCCAGCACACCGGCGACCCCAUCAGCAGCUGCCGCCGCAUGGACCCGCAGGAGCUGUGCACGGCCACGACGUGCGGCGCGCACACGCGCUGCGACGUGAUCAACCUCGUGCCGACGUGCUCGUGCCUGCCGGGCUACAAGGGGUCGCCGCUCAACGGCUGCCACCACGAGUGCGAGGCCGACGCCGACUGCGGCCGCGGCCAGCAGUGCCGCGACUUCACCUGCCAGGUCGCCUGCACGUCCGGCACCUGCGGCGACAACGCCAACUGCGAGGUGCGCAACCACCGCGCCGUGUGCUCGUGCCCGGCCGGCUACCUGGGCGACCCCUACACGUCGUGCCGCGCCGAGUGCCUGAGCCACGGCGACUGCCCCCGCGACCGGCCGUCCUGCGUGGCGGCGCGCUGCACCAACCCCUGCCUGGGCGUGUGCGGCAUCAACGCCGACUGCAAGGUGCGCGACGCCACGGCCAUCUGCAGCUGCCCCAGGGACAUGACCGGCGACCCCUUCGUCUCCUGCAGGCCCUUCGAGAAGCGUGACCUGUGCGACCCCAACCCUUGCGGCGAGAACGCCCAGUGCCAGCCGGGCUACGACCGGUCGGGCAAGGACCGUCCCGUGUGCACGUGCCUGCCGGGCUACAAGGGCGACCCGCUGUCCUACUGCCGGCGAGGCGAGUGCUCGUCCUCGUCCGACUGCGGCAGCCACCAGGCCUGCCUCAACUACGAGUGCCGGGACGCGUGCGCCGGCCAGUGCGGCGUCAACGCCGACUGCCGCGCCCGCGACCACGUGGCCGUGUGCACGUGCCCGCCGGGCUUCACCGGGGACGCCGUCAGCCAGUGCACCGCGCUGCCGCAGGCCCGCGGCGCCGACUCGUACGUGAGCGGCAGGAGCGGCGGCUACUUCCGCUACGGCCGCUACUACUACUAGGAGCCGAGCAAAACGAUGCGACUCCUUGCGCCAUGAGCGGCUGCAAAACGACCUGCUCAGCCCGCUCUUCGCUUAGAAGGGCGAGUGCGCUGAGCUGAGACCAACACACUCGCGGCAUGAACGAACACUGAGGCGUGCUAGUGAGAGCCGACGACCGCGGCGGGGGACGAAGCAAUCCGUUCUCAGGCCAAUGCGGAACUUUAAAAAAAGAAACUGUUUCCUAAUUUAUUUUUCAGUUUCCCCUCCCAACGUUUUCUUCAGAAUUUAACUGCUCCAAAUUUUCUCACGUUUCUUUGACUGCACUGUAACAUAUUAAUGACCAUUCUCUCCAGUCGAGACAGAAGUGCCAUGUUACCCUAAAGUCAUCGUCAAAAACAGAAUGAAAUUCUAUUUUGUACCGACCGAUUAUUUAAAGUGACUUGCGAUGGCACUCAAUAAAAUGUUGUGUUAUAA